UCCUCCAGUCUCGACUACCUCGUCCUAAACCAUCUCUCAGAAAACAGGCCAGCUGCUUCAAAUAUGGCCUCAGGUAGCAUCACGCUCUUCAUCCGCACUCAUUGUUUGCUUCUGCAUUUCUAACUGAUACUCGAUACAGAUAUGCGCGUGGAACCCAAGGCUUUGAUUCUUGUCGGAGGCUAUGGGACACGCCUUCGGCCCCUGACGCUGAGCUAGAGGCUCUGCGGGAGUGCAACGUAAAAGAAGUGGUCCUUGCGUUGAGCUACAUGCCGCACGGAUUCAAGCAAUUCCUUGAAACAUACGAGGAAGAGCUCGGCAUGACCAUUACGUGCUCUCGGGAAGAGGAGCCGCUUGGGACGGCUGGGCCUCUGGCUUUGGCUAAGAAUGUUCUUCUGAAGUCCACUGCUUCUGCGCCACCACAGCCAUUCUUCAUGCUCAACAGCGACGUGAUCUGUGACUAUCCAUUCAAAGGAUUGCUUGACCUUCAUAUGAGCCGUGGUGCCGAAGCGACACUUAUGGUGACUCGUGUUGAGGAUCCGAGCAAAUACGGUGUUGUGAUAUUGGACGACGCAGGUGCUGUCAGCCGUUUUGUGGAAAAGCCAAAGACGUUCGUUGGUGACACCAUCAAUGGAGGCAUUUACAUUCUAAGCCCUUCCGUCCUUGAGCGGGUUGAGCUGCGACCCAUGUCAAUUGAGAAGGUCCUUAUCAUCUCACAAGUAUGACUUCGACUAACGGCUGUGAGGCUGAUUUUCGUUUGGACUUCCGCAGGACAUUUUCCCCAAAAUCGCCAUGGAUAAGAAGCUAUAUGCCAUGGUUCAUACCGGCUACUGGAUGGAUGUUGGGCAGCCCAAAGACUACCUGGAAGGGAUUAAGACUUAUUUGCAUCACAAGAGAACAUCGCAUCCAGAGAUGCUGGCCACUGGAAACAACAUUGUUGGGAAUGUGAUUGUUGAUCCAUCUGCAACCAUCUCUAAAACUGCUUCUGUUGGUGAGUUUGCUGCUCCAUUUUACGUGCUUCUAAUUCAUGUGGCAAUGAUUUUGAACCCUACAUUCACUUGUGGCAGGCCCUGAUGUUGUCGUUGGGCCCAAUUGCAUCAUCCACGGUGGUGCGAGGAUCCAUGGAAGUGUCCUCUUGGGAGGUUCUCGAAUUGGCUCAGGAAGCCUGAUUUUGAACAGCAUUAUCGGAUGGAACUCAACAGUUGGGAAGUGGACUCGCAUCCAGAAGAAUUCAGUCUUGGGUGAGGAUGUGACAGUGAACGAUGAAGUGCUUCUCAAUGGUGCAAAGGUCUUGCCCCACAAGGAGGUCAAGGCAGAUGUUGACACUCCACAGAUAAUUAUGUAGCCAAGCUAUGGCUGUGAAUGGGGUAUUGGGUGGACGAGAUACUGUCAUAUGUACGAUUUACUAUUGUAAUA